AUGGAGACGAAUUCCCCACCGACGGGAUCUUUCACACAAGACUCUAUUAAUCUUGAUAAUUACGACAUGAGAAAUGAGAGCUUUACAGAUUCUGUAAAAUUUAUAACAACAGUCAACUACGCAACAGGAGAUAACCUCCAUACUGAAUGUGUAGCUGAAGGAUCAGAAUCAAACAGUAGUAAUCGACUCAGCUGUGAGAAAAUAUCUAUACAGAACCUCGAGCCAAGCAAGUUCAAGAAGAUAUAAGGAAGCCUAAAUAAAUAAGAAGCAAUCUGAGAUGAACUCAGGUUUGCUUAGCAUUCCCAAGUCAAGGGUUAGAAAAUUGUCCAAAAUUAGUAAUAAAUAACACUGCUCGAAAAUAACGAUGAAUUCCGUAAGCAUAAAUCCUUCUUGACAACGAAGAGGCCUUCCUUCAUGAAGGGCAAUCGGACGACCACCAUGGCCCAAGCACCUAAGAAGAAGAAGUUUGUAUUAGCUCAAAAUAAGAAUGGGUCUCUCUUCUCAGAAAGUCUUGUGUCAAAAAGACCUUCCUUUAGUUCCGAGGAUAAGGAUUACAAGCAUAAUAAAAUGCUCAGAACUUCUCAUUCAAAGUUAAAGGCAAAAGUUGCUGAAUUAAAACGAAAACAAGAUCACAUGGGUAUCAAUAACCAAAGUUAUCAAAACAGAAAGGAUUAUAAGCUAAGAAAGAACAGUUUUGGCAUGAUUGACCUAGCCAGCUUUAACCAGCAAAAAGAAGCCUUCUCACUGUAUAAAGGUACCGUAAAAUCAGUGUCUCCAUCUCUGGAGAAAUACGAUAAGACCUCAAUUAGUAAUGGAAUCUCAGAUAUGACCAAGCAAUACCAACCUGAUUUUAUUGGGUACAAAGAGAACAUCGAGUACGAGAGCCGGAAAUCAGGAUGGGCCUUCCUACUUGAUGUCAUAGCUAAAGUACCAAAGAGCCAACGGAUGUCCAAUGUUGUUAGAAUGCUAAAUGAGAACAAAGAAAUCAGCAGAGAGACUCUCCUCAAGAUGAUCCAGUCUGGAAAGAUCGACCUGAACGACCUCUCUGAGAUCAGGGAGAAGUCUAAGAAUGGCGAGAACCAUCUCUCUAAGGUCUUAAAAUAAGUAUGCAGUAGGUGAGACAUCCAGCUCUGAAAGAAAUAAGAGUUUCAACAAUGGUGACAAAUCAGGCCGACAACAAAGGAUCGAGAUGUUGAAGCAUGACUUGGAGAAAAUUGAAGAGAACUUCAACGAUAAUAUGAAAGAUAUCGACAAUCUCAAGAAGAAAGUCUUAGAUAUUAAUCAGCAACCCAAGUCAAAGGCUUCACAGAAGAAGAAAAAGUCUCCUAUUUAUAGCAGUAAAAAGUUGCUCAAAAAGUCAACUAUGAGGGAGAUUAACCUUACCAAGAUCGAGCUUGAUAGCCGAAAUAAUGAUCUCAUCGAAGAGGUCAAUGAUGAAGAAAGCUGAGGAUCUUCAUUAUACAGUCAAGCGGAGAAGGAAAUUAUUAAAAAUAAGAAGCAUAAGACCAAGACCAGCAAAAAGAGAUACACUUCAAAGUCUAGAAUGGGUCCUAACACGAUUAAGGUGACUUCGCCUGAGUUCAGAACCUUUGUUCAGCCUCCUUCCCACUUGAGCACCAAAAGUAUAUUCUUACUUAGUCCUGAGGAAUGAAUGUCGAAAUUAACAUUAGGAUUUGCAGUGAAGAAGGGCAAGCUUGAAAUGGAGUUCUCCAAAGCUCUCUCCAAAUAUUACCCAGAUUAUUCAAAAUCAAACGCUAAUCAAAAAGACCUAUUCUCCGAGAUUGAAGCUUUAGCAACAAGAAAUAUACCAGGAAUCGGCCUUUCAAUCUCAAAAUGGAAUGUAAUAAUCCACUGAGAGGAUAUACUCAGAGAAUAUAAUAUUACCAAGGCCAAACUGAAGGAUGAAUAUGUCCGCAAAAUGAAAGCUAAAGAGGGGAUAACCGAGUACCACCGGCCCAGUAAGCUCAGGACUAUCGAGAAGGAUGCUCUUAAAUACAUCAACAAUGAUAAGUUAGGAGAUCAGCUGCAUUCAAUUAUAAAGCAUCUUGUGAAGAAGCUCAAGAAAUUCGGCAAUGAAUUUGCCCAACAAAUCAACCUUCUUGAACGAAUGAGGCCAAAGAACAACAAGGACGAUGAUCAAUUAAUCCAAUAAAAAUACUCAACAUACAUA